AUGUCUGCCCGUCCCUAUCGCUCCAAGAGGCACCGCCCUUGCGAUCAAUGCCGUGAAAGGAAGCUUGGAUGCCAGACGGACGGCGGCCUACCUUGUGUUCGCUGUCGUUCGGCCGAUCUGCCAUGCACCUUCGAGCAUCCACCCCCUAAGAGGCCUCGACGUGAUUCAUCGGGUCAUAUGGUAGAUCCUGCGGGCUCUGUAGCAUCAUCCAUUGACCCGGAAUCGUCCUUCUUGCCACCGCCAUGGGAGGAGCCGCCCAACCAUCCGGCGUCUCAUAUUCCCUCCCGCGGUGGUUCUGUCAACCCUGCGGUCCACCACCAGCCAGCGUUUGCUCCGCUAGAGGAUUUGCCUACGAAUGGGGCCGUCUCCCCUGCAGUGUCGGGCCAUUUGGUCACAGUUGGCCGAUCUCCCACGCAGUUUGUGCAGAGCCUGGACCAGCUCGAAGGCUUUUCGGCCCAUUUGUUUGGGGCGUCUGCCGAGUCGGACCCUUGGCUCCUUCGGCAUUGCUCCUUUGAUGAUGCCGGUGUGAAGUGCUUCUACAAGGUCCACUUUCGUAAUGCAGGCGGUGUUCCGACGGCGGAUAAAAUUCCGGUUCAUUUCAUGCUUGCUGCAGAUGAUUUGGCUGCGUCGGCCAAGCAGGAGACAUCCUGUCGCUUCAGCGGCGACACGACCCGGGAAGAGCUCAAUCGCUUGGUUCCACCUGAUUAUGGACAACGACUGGUGUCCCUGUUCAUCAAAUAUGUCUGGCCCGCAUUGCCGCUCAUCUCCCGCUCGCAGAUGGGGCUGACUCCGUCGUGUUCGAUACCCGAGCCAUGGGCUCUAGAGCGCACGCCCGUGCAUUUGCUGGCAGCGGUGUAUGCAUCUGCUCUACCGUUUGCCGCACAUGACGAUUACCUGUGCGUGCUGCAAACAUAUAACGCUCCCCCGGCGGACAGGCUCUGGCGCAUGGCCUAUGAGUUAAUCUCCGAGGAGAUCCACACACCACACCUGGCGGUGCUGCAGACAGCCUUGUUGUACCUGCAUCGGCCACUUGACGAGGCCCGGGCGAGCAUCGCUGACACCCCGUUUGUCUGGUCAUUUGUCGGCACCGUGGUGGGUCUAGCUGAAUCAUUGGGCCUACACAUCGAGUGUCGCAUGUGGGGGAUACCCGCAUGGGAGAAACGUCUGCGGCGCCGGCUGUGGUGGGCCAUCUAUGCCGAAGACAAAUGGCGCAGCUUGCUGAUGGGUCGACCGCCGUAUAUCCAUCGGAGCGAAUGGGAUGUGAGUGAGCUUGAUGGUGCGGACUUCCUCUAUCACACCAGGGGUGCUUCUUCAUCGUCAUCCGGGGUCCACCAGCCGCAAGAUCCGGUGCCUUUCCGCUACUUGGUGGACCUGUCUGGCAUCGCAGAACAGAUCUAUGAAUCCUUCUACACCCUUCGCAAAUCACAAUACCUAUCGGAAAGGUUUCGUGUCUCACACGACACUGGCCGGCCCUUGCUGGAGAAGCUGAAUGACUGGUACUCCUCACUGCCGGAAAGCUUCCGGCUGCCCAACUGGAGCAAGUCUGUCAGCGGACUUGCGCCGUAUCCCACCUCGAUCCACUUUGCCUACCUGAUCCUUGUCCUGUUUGUCUACCGCGCGCUCCUUCGGCCGAUGGCUCGCUCCUCCAGUCCGCCGUUAAUUUUCGACCUGGACGAGAUCCCCACGAACCCCUCCGCCUUGGAUACAGCUGUAGAUGAUUCACCCGUGCUCGACUUCCUCAACAUGCCUGAGAUCGACUCCUUCCCUGCCGUAGAGCUGUCCGACCACAGCACGGGCGAGACGACCCUGAACUCAGCGGAGCGCUGCGCUUCGAUAGUAAUCAGCUUCACGCGGCGGCUGACGUCGAGCGACUUCACCGGAUUCUGGUAUUCAUGGUCUCGCAUCGGCUUCGCAACAGUCUCCAACUUCACGCUCCUCCUCUUAGUCCAAGCGCCUAAUGCGGAACGAGCCGCCAAGGGCAAACAGCUUGUUGACUCCUGGCUGCGCGUGCUCCGCUGCCAGAGCCAGAGCUUCCCCACCAUGAAGCUUGGCUUAACGCGACUGGACGCCAUGCACUGGGUGGGACUUGGGCAGACAUUCGUUCUCCCCCAGCACGUGCAAGAAGUCAUUCAAUCACCGGGGGAUUGAUAAU